CAUUGGGAGGUCACCACUGGUUCAUUUUGGCUUUACAACAACAACAAAAAAAAAAAAGAUUAAAAAAAAAAAAAGAAAGAAAAUCGAGAGAAAAGCAUCUGUCAUUUUCUUCUCUCUGUUGAAUUUAUCCGUCAGCUCGUCCCGGGGAGGGAGCACCUGCCCCGAGGAUAAGGAACCAGAGGAGCCAGGGAGGAGAGGAGAGGAAAGGGGCCCCCCACCCCCGCCGAAUGCGUCAUGGCAGCGGGGAGAACCGCGGAGAGAACCUGACGCACAUCCACCUGAGGCUUCUUUGGCGGCUUUCUUCAUCACGACCUCUCCACCGAGCGAACUUUUGCUCACUCGAACGGAAUUUGAAACCGAACCACCACCGGGGAUUAUCGCUUCUUAUUUUUGAUUUUUUUGGGAGGUGGCACUUAAAAAAAAAAAAAAAAAAAAGGAUGAUGGUGCUGCGUGCCUGCGUCAAGUUGGCAGUCAUCUUGUAUUAUUCGUCCCUCAUAAAUGGACAUUUGGCGGAAGAACAUUUGCCCAAAAUGUGGCCCUCUCAUAAUCCCAUCGUGAUUCACCGGGGGGAACCUCUUCAAAUCAAAUGCAGGGGGCAAGGGGAGCUGCGCUGGAUCCUACCCAAGCCGGUGGACUCCCGACGUCUUAUUUCAUGGGAGGGCAAGAAGGUCGAGCGGUGUGAUCCCAGACACGAAUCCCACUGCAGCAAACUGACAAUCACACACUUGAAUGCCAGCCACACGGGGACCUACAGUUGCAGUUACUCCAGAGGAGGCUCAGAGCACAUCGCGUCGACAUACGUCUAUGUCACAGAUCCAGAGCAGCCAUUCGUGGAGCCCUUUAAUCAGUCACCAUACGUUCUGUUUGUUCUCGAAGAUGAGACCAGCCUCGUGAUCCCUUGCCGUACAUCGUCCCCCGAUGCUGUCGUAACACUCAGAAAAGGCCUACCUUCAGAGGAGAUCAUCGGUGAUUGGGACCCAAAGGUGGGCUUCAAAAUUCCCUACAGCCCCGAGAGCGUGUACAGUAUGUUAACCUGCACCACCGUCGUCCAUGGUCUUGACUUUUCCUCAACCUACUUUCCCAAGAGAACGUCGCUUUUUCUCGAGAACGUGACCGUCACCCCGGAGCGAGUCAGGGUGUUGGUCGGCGACACCCUCGUCCUCAAAUGCUCCGGAGUGACGACCUUUGGCGAACGGAUCAAGUUCACGUGGGAUUUUCCGAGAGUGAACGAAAAUCGUCACUCCACAAAAAAGACCCAAGAGCCCGUCACCGCUGCUUUUACCACGAGCGACACAUUAGAGCUGCCCAACGUCACAAUGGAGGACAAAGGCUUGUAUCACUGCAAAGCUGAGAUCUCGAGCAUGAAAUAUGACACCGUCAUGGCAAAAGUCAACGUUUACGAGCACCCUUUCGUCAACAUCUCCCACAGACACAAGGCUACAGUUGUCGUCAAAGAGGGCAGAAAGAGGGUGGUGUUCGAACCCAAAAUCAACGCUCUGCCGCCACCAGAUAUGUCGGCAUGGUAUAAAGACGGCGUCCCCAUCCUGAGGAAUUCCACCUGCUACAAGUUGUCCGGUUUCAACCUGAUCAUAUCCAACGUGGAACGGAAACACGACGGGGUCUUCACCGUGAGCCUCGGCAACACGGCCCAUCGCCUGUACCGGAACCUGAGCUACACGUUGGAAGUAGAGGUGAAGCCAAGUAUUUUCGAGGCGGACUUGGUCUCGAACGACAUCCAGCCCUACAUGCUUGGCAAGCAACGUCAUCUGACCUGCACUGCUUCUGGGAGACCCACGCCGAGCAUAACCUGGCUCUGGGAACCCUGUGACCCCGACCCAGUCCAAAAACAUUGCUCAAAGUACUCCAAGGCAGUGGUGGUUAAUGUUAUGGAGAAGGGAAAAGACAAAAACUGGAUCAAGAGUAUUACGACCAAGACAGAAAUUGUACAUGGCAAAAACAAGACUCUGAGCACCCUGGUGAUAGGAGAAGCCACCGUGUCGGGAAAUUACUCCUGUUUGGCGCGGAACGAAGAAGGCGAAAGUAUCAGGACCUUCCCUUUCUAUGUCAGCGAUCACCCUGAGACAAUUUCCAUCCAACCUCCGUCAGCCAUGGAGAGGGAAGACGUCACCUUGAGCUGCCGGGCCUCCCGUUACAUCUACACAGACCUGCAGUGGUUGGAUUCCAGGAAUCGAACCAUCACCUCAAACGUGUCCCGCCUCCAGCUCGACCGCUACUCCGUCGCCAUCUCUCUCCGCGUGCAUAACGUGAGCAAAAGCAGCGUGGCGGGAUACAAGUGUCGAGCCUUUAAGUUGCAAAAUACAACUGAAGUCAAGAUGGCCGAGUUGAAUGUGAUCGCGAGAAUGCAGCCACGGCUCAGCCAAAAUCUGACCGAUCAGGUUGUGAACAGCAGCAGCACCCUGACGCUCACCUGCCUUGCGCAGGGGCUUCCUUACCCCGACAUCAUGUGGUACAAAAACAAAGCUCUACUGGAGGAAGGCCCGGGAAUCACUCUGGGGAAGAACGGCACGCUGACCAUCGAGAGGGUGAAGAGGGACGACGAGGGUCUGUACGAGUGCGUGGCGAGCAAUAGCGAGGGCGCCGUCAAGACCGGCGCUGUGGUCACCGUGCUCGGGGAAGAAGGGAAGUCAAACGUGGAGGUUAUAAUCCUGGUGUGCACUGGAGCCGCCGCCACCUUCCUCUGGCUCAUGCUCAUCCUCUUCAUCCGCAAGCUAAGGAAGCAGCAGCCAGCGCACUACAAAAUGGGUCCGUCCAUCAUCAUUGACCCCGACGAGUGCCCUCUCGACGAGCAGAACGACCUCCUCCAGUACGACGGCAGCAAAUGGGAGUUUCCUCGUGACCGUCUGCGAUUAGGCAAAACUCUGGGCCACGGCGCGUUUGGGAAAGUGGUGGAGGCGUCCGCCUUCGGGAUCGACAAACUCUCCACCUGCAAGACUGUUGCGGUCAAGAUGCUGAAAGGCGGCGCCACGUCCAACGAGCGCAAGGCCCUGAUGUCGGAGCUCAAGAUCCUGAUUCACAUCGGCCAUCAUCUCAACGUGGUCAACCUGCUGGGUGCUUGCACCAAGCCCGGAGGACCAUUGAUGAUGAUCGUGGAGUUCUGCAAAUACGGCAAUUUGUCCAACUAUUUGCGGGGAAAGAGAGACGACUUCAUGGUGUACAAGAGUCAAGACGGCAAGGCGGUGCCGUCGGGGUGCGAGCUGAGCGAGCUGAGCGAGCUGAUGAAGCGCCGCCUGGAGAGCGUGGCCAGCACCGGAAGCUCGGCCAGCUCAGGUUUCAUCGAAGAUAAGAGCUACUGUGACUCAGAGGAAGAGGAAGAAGAAUCUGAGGAUUUAUACAAGCGAGUUCUGACUUUGGAAGAUUUGAUUUGCUACAGCUUCCAAGUUGCAAAGGGGAUGGAGUUCUUGGCCUCUCGCAAGUGUAUCCAUCGGGAUCUGGCCGCUCGAAACAUCCUCCUCUCCGAGAACAACGUGGUGAAGAUUUGCGAUUUCGGACUGGCCAGAGACAUCUACAAGGACCCUGACUACGUGCGCAAAGGAGAUGCCCGGCUGCCGCUCAAGUGGAUGGCUCCGGAGGCCAUUUUUGACAAGACCUAUACCACUCAGAGCGACGUGUGGUCCUUUGGUGUUCUCAUGUGGGAGAUCUUCUCAUUGGGCGCGUCGCCGUACCCCGGUGUCCAAAUUGAUGAGGAAUUUUGCUGCAGACUGAAAGACGGAACCAGGAUGAGAGCGCCGGAGUACUCGUCCUCUGAAAUAUACCAGACCAUGUUGGACUGCUGGCAGGGGGAACCACGGGAGAGGCCCACCUUCACCGAGCUGGUCGAACAGUUGGGCGACCUUCUUCAGGCCAGCGUGCAGCAGGAGGGAAAACACUACAUACCAAUCAACACCGCCCUGCUGGCUAAGGUCGGGGACCUCGACGGCGGCGACGUGCCCGAAGAAACGCCCAUGCGGCCCCUUUCGCAGCGCGAGUCAGGAGGCACCUGGAACAUCAAGAUCAGACCGGCCAGCGUGAAAACCUUCGACGAGGUCGGCGCGGAGAGCGACGCCGAUCGCGCUCGCCAGGGCAUGCAGUGCGACAGCGGGAUGGGCCUCUCCUCCGACAACAUGAACACUCUGAAGAGGUUGGAAUCGUUGGCCGGACGACCUCCCGGCAUCGUGGCUUUGGCCAUGAAGGCAAUGAGCAAGAGCAAAGAGUCGGUCCUGAGCGACCCCGAGAAGGACAAGUACCCGGCCGACGUCCCUCUGGACUUCGGCCUGGACGACUCGGCGUUGGACGCGGAGCUGGAGUGUCACAGCCCCCCGCCCGACUACAACUACGUGGUGCGCUACUCCACGCCGCCGGUGUAGCGUCUCGCCUCGUCCUGCCGCGGCCGCCGCCAACCCGUUUGAGCAUCUAUCCCAUAACCAGGACGUGGAAUAAAUGCUGAAAGGGUUUCUUUCCCCGUCGGCCGCCACUUUGAGAAAACUGGAGAAGUUGUGAACUGUGACGCGAGCGACCGGUCAACUCGCGUGCUUUGACGCCGUGCGGGCUGACUUUCGAGUGCUCGGGCGUUUGUUACAAGUGAAAAACUAGCUCAGGUAUUUCAGUCAGCUCCAUAUCAGGCUUUUCUACUGUAAAAUGGCGCCACGAGAAUCACUGACCUGAGAGGAGGGGAUAAGAAUAUAUAUAUAUAUUUUUUUUUUUGCAGCUGGCUCGUUGAGGACAAAACAGAAAGAUUAUCAUGAAGUUUUUGUUGCUUGUUUGUUUGCAAUUCAAAACAGUUCUCAAGGUUCUUCCCCGUGUCAGGACCCAUCGUAAUCCCUAGCGCCAGUCCAUUUCUUCCCCUAAAUGCCACAAGAUUCCUUAAUUGAAACCAAAUGACUUCUAUGAGAGUCUAAGAACUCAACCAAAUUAAAUGUACGUGAAUUCAACAUUUAUCCACUAAUAACAAGGCUCCGAACUCCUCACCUCAGUUCUACAUAGUUCCCUGCAGCCAAUUUAUCAUAAGAACAGUGAAUACCAUCGCAAAUUCUAACGCGUGAACAUGCGUAGCUUCACUGUUUACUGCAUUUAUGUCCAACUCUUUAUCAUCCCUCCAUUUUCUUUGCCGCUUAUCCUCACGAGGGUCGGGGGCAGGAGGGAGGGUACACACUACACUGGUUGCCAGCCAAUCGGAGGGCACAUAGAUACAAACAGUCGCACUCACAAUCACAACCACAAUCACACCUCGGGGCAAUUUAGAGUGUCCAAUUAAUGUUGCAUGUUUUGGGGAUGUGGGAGGAAACGGGAGUGCCCGGGGGAAACGCACGCAGGCACGGGGAGAACAUGCAGACUCCACACAGGUGGGGCCGGGAUCGAACCCGGGUCCUCAGAACUGUGAGGCCAACGAUUUACCAGCUGAGACACCGUUCCGCCUCGGCUCAUCGUAUUUAUCAAUAAAAUGUAUUUUAUCUUACAAUCAGAAAUUAAGGAUAAUGAGUAUUACAACUCUUGUUGAAGUUUGGGCUGUUAUAAUUUAUGAUACGACAAUUUGGAAAUCCAAUUAAUGUUGCCUGUUUUGGGGAUGUGGGAGGAAACGGGAGUGCCCGGAGGAAACCCACGCAGACACGGGGAGAACAUGCAAACGCCAGACAGGCGGGUCCGGGAUUGAACCCAGGACCUCAGAACUGUGAGGCCAACGCGCUCCCAGCUGAUCCACCGUCCCACCCAACUCCUUAAAUGAACGUUUUUAACAAUUCAAUUGCAGCUCCGCUUACCCUCUUGCCUUCAAUGUAGUGAAAUGUCACAGAAUAGCAACUGUGCAAUGGUGUACCCCAUUUUCCUCAAAACCAACCGCAUCCCAGAGACGGAACCCUUUGUGGAAAAGUCCAUUUUGAACAUUAUUGCAGCUCUGCUUACCUUGAAGUUCCCCCUGUCUGUGCCCAGAAUCGUACUAUUCUCCUCCCCAUCACCUAACCAGACUCAAGAAACCCGACUAUUUUGUCUACAACCAGCACAAAGUCAAUUUUCCGUCACGUCCGACUCAACUAAAAGGUGUAAAACGAGUGAUGUGAGGAGCUCUGUUUUGCAAAGCUGUCGUGUUUGAGCCGCCCAAAAUAUCGACUAAAAGAUGAAAUCGCUCAGGUCGACUCGUCGUCAAGUCACAAACGAAUGGAAGCUUUGCUUCAUUUUACAUCAAGGCAAUCCAUAGACAAACCCAGUUGUUAUUUCUUGUAAUAUUUUUACAUUUUUUUUGCAACAUGAAGUAUUUAUUUCAACUCUGAACACUGUCAACUAGGAACUUCGGUCAUAUGUGUGGAGUGAUGUUUAUGCUGCUGUGUUGGAUUCGGCGGGUUUCCUCCUCCUCCGACGCCGUCGCGCUAAUGAAAAGCUUGCUAGCUCAGCGGCCGACGGCUUUCACUACGUCGCAAUUUGUCAAACGUUCUCACUUUUUGACCGAGUUCAAUGUUCGCCGUCAUAUUCCGUUCGGGGUCGAAUGUGACCCGUUUUGACCUUUGGCGGGAUUUUUUUUUUUUUU